UAUUUUUAUUAAUUUUUUGCACUAGUGGCCUGAGUUUGUUCAAUCGACACUCGAUCGGAGAAGACGAUGGUGGCGGCCAUUGCAGUACCUUCGCCGACAUAUUCUCCGUUGCCUUCUCGGGAGCUUAAUUCCGCACUUUUUAGUGCUUCUCCGUUGAAGGCUGUGUCGUUGCCGGUGAAACUGAAUCGAAGGAAAGCAAGGAAUGAGGUGAGAUUGAUCGUUGCCGCCGCCGCCGGCGGUGGAGGAAGGUUUUACUUCAAUUUCACUGGAUUUCCCUUCCCACUCGGUCCUUUCCUCAACCGCCGUACAUUGAGAUACGAGGCUGUGAAAGACACAAUAUGGUUGUUUGAGCAAGAGCAAGCUCUGGGAUUCAGCAGUGUCUCGACCAACAUUCGAAUGACAGUUAUCAAGCUUAAGUCUGGGGGAUUAUUUGUUCAUGCACCUAUUGCUCCCACGCAAGAGUGCAUCCAGGUUCUAUACCAACGGCUGCCAUGUUUGCACCUUGUAAAAGAAUUAGGUUGUCCUGUGGAGUACAUAGUCCUACCUACAUUUGCAUACGAGCAUAAAAUAUUUGUCGGCCCCUUUUCAAGAAAGUUUCCUGAAGCUCAGGUUUGGGUGGCACCUAGGCAAUGGAGUUGGCCCCUGAAUUUGCCCCUCGAAUUUUUUGGAGUUUUUCGCUCCAAAACAUUGAAAGAUGAAGACACAUCUGCUCCAUGGGCUGAUGAAAUCGAACAGAAAGUUUUGAGCUGUCCUGAAGUUGGAAUCGGACCGUACGUUGAAGUGGCAUUCUACCACAAACGCACUAGGACACUUCUAGUAACAGAUGCUGUAAUAUAUGUUCCCCGACAGCCGCCAGAAUGUAUUAGCAAAGAUUCAUUGCUAGCAUCUGCGAAGAAUGGUUUGGCCGUCAAACUACUCAGCAAAGGAAAAGAAGUCCCCGAGGAACCAGUUGUGGACAACAAGACAAACAGGCAAAAAGGAUGGGAGCGAAUGGUGCUCCAGAUCUUAUUUCUCGGCCCCUCGAAUCUGUUGGAACCCAAUGCUUCCUUCUCUCAGAUGUCUCAAAAGCUCAUUGUCUCUCCUAUCGUCAAGACGCUUGUCUUCAGCAAAGUUCCUGAAAAGGUCCGCGACUGGAUAGAUCGAAUCACACAGGACUGGAGAUUCAAUAGAAUAAUCCCAGCCCAUUUCGCCGCGCCAAUCAAUGUCAGCAGGUCCGAUUUCCUAACAGCAUUUGGUUUUCUUGACGAUCUUUUAGGCGAAAGCUACGUCGCGGCACGCCCUUCCCUCUCGUUGCUUUUCAUGUCCCUACUGGGAAAGGCAGCCAGCAACUUCCCUCCCGAUGACAUGAGGACUCUCUCGUCCCUCGACCAGUUCCUUGUAUCCGUCGGGGCCGUGAAGAAGACCGUCUCCGGCCGGAAGAAAUGAGCUUAAACUUCCCGGAAGUUCUGUAAGUAGAACCCUUUAAUGGUAAUGUGUUGCAUAAAUAGUAUUUGCCAUGCAUACAUAGCUUUUAAUUUUUACAUCAAGGCCUAACUGUAUGUGGUUUCUAGUUGGAUUGAAAGAUAAAAUAUGAGCCGGAUUAUUUGAUACUCCCUCAGUCCCACAAAUAAUGUCGUAAUUUUCAUUUUCCUUUA